AUGAAUCGGCAAAAUUCCAUGCAGCUUUACCGCACCAACUAUACUUUGAGUACCUCCACGGUGAAUGGGUCCAACGCCGCCGUUAUCGGCGGCGGAAAGACGGUCGGACGGUGGUUGAAGGAGCGGAAGGAGAGGAGAAAAGAAGAAAACAGGGUACAGAAUGCUCAGCUUCAUGCUGCUGUUUCUGUUGCAGGGGUGGCUGCUGCCAUCGCCGCCAUUGCCUCCGCCUCUGCAAGUUCCCAAGGCGGAAAUGACGGGAAAGAUAUCCCGAAGACCGAUAUGGCUUUGGCCUCUGCCGCCACAUUGGUCGCCGCUCAAUGCGUGGAGGCCGCUGAAGCCAUGGGAGCAGAACACGAUCACCUUGCCUCUGUUAUAAGCUCCGCCGUCAAUGUCAAGUCCGCCGGCGAUAUUAUGACACUCACCGCCGCCGCUUCAACAGCAUUAAAAGGAGCUGCAACACUUAAAUCGAGGGGCAUGAAGGAAGUGUGGAAUGCGGCGGCUAUAAACCCGACGGAGAGAGGGAUCGGAGCAUCCAGCAGCCAUGGUACUGUGAAUAUUUUUGAAAGUCAAAAAUUUAGCGGCGACCCUCACCCGAUUCAUCACGACUUUGAUCUUCUACGUGACUGUGAAUCAAACCAUCCAAUUCAACAUGAAGAUAAUUUCGUCACCGUACGAUUGCUCGCUGAUGGCUGUGAGCUUCUUAAACGUACUCGUAGUGACGACCUUCAUUGGAAAAUUGUCUCUGUUUAUAUCAACCGAUCAAAUCAGGUUGUGUUGAAGAUGAAGAGCAGGCACGUGGCUGGGGCUAUAACCAAAAAGAAAAAGAAUGUGGUGGUGGAUGUAGUGAAAGAUAUUCCGGCAUGGGCAGGGCGGCACCUGCUGGAGGGCGGCGACGACCGCCGCUACUUCGGGCUGAAGACACUGAUGCGAGGGGUGGUGGAAUUCGAGUGCAGAAACCAGAGAGAGUAUGACAUGUGGACACAGGGAGUUGCCAAGCUUCUUGUAAUGGCGGCUGAAAGGACUUGUAUGUUCCAAGAUCAACCUGUUUGAACGGGGAACACAAAUUGUAAAUUAUAAGCUUUUUU